UCUGGAUUAGCAUCACGCUGACCGCUACCCACUGGAUAUAUUUAAACCGGAGGUCCGGCCCGGGAUGUCGACCGGAACGGGAGCCGCCGCUGUCCUGUGGGGCGUCGCCUUCCUCCUGUUCCUGAACCCAGGCACCGGCUGCCCCUCCGCCUGUCAGUGCUCGGCCCGGAACCGGACGGUGCGCUGCGACGGCCGCGAGCUGGAGGCCGCCCCCCGCGGGGUCCCGGCCGGCACCCGGACCCUGGACCUCAGCCGGAACCUGAUCAGGUCGCUGGGCCGCGGGCACUGGGCCCGAGCCGGGGCUUGGAGCCGCCGGCUGGAGGACCUGGACCUCGGCUACAACCUGCUGUCGCAGCUGGAGCCCGGCUCCUUCCAGGGCCUCGACCGCCUGCGGGCCCUCAACCUGCAGGGCAACCGCCUGAGGUUCCUGGAACCGGGGGCCCUCGGCGGCCUCCCCGCCCUGACCUCCCUGGACCUGGGGGACAACCCGCUGGUGGCCCUGUUAGACCACGGCCUCGGGGGUCCGGGCCAGCUCCGGGUCCUGGCGCUGGGAGCCCCCAGCCUGGUCCACAUCGGACCCGAGGCUUUCUCCGGCCUGGGCAGCCUGCAGCAGCUGACGGUGUCGGCCUCGGCGGUGGGGCAGGCGCCGGCCGACGCGCUGGGCCGGCCGGCCAACCUGACGGCGCUGCGGCUGCGGGGCUGGCGGAGGCCGGGCUCGGUGCCCGACGGCUGGCUGCGGGACUUGGUCCAGCUGCGGGCCUUGGAACUGGACGGCUGGCCGGCGCUGGCGGAGCUGGGUCCCGGGAGCCUGCAGGGGCUGGUCCUGGUGUGGCUCUCGGUGACCCGCUGCAACCUGAGCGAGGUGCCGUACGCCGGCCUCCGGCUCCAGGCUCAGCUCCGCUUCCUCAACCUCUCCUACAACCCGAUCCGCGCCGUCCGCGCCGCCCUGCUGCACCACGCCCGGCGCCUGCAGGAGCUCCGGCUGCUGGGCGGGCAGCUGGUCACCGUGGCCCCAGGCGCCUUCCGCGGCCUGCCCGGCCUCCGGCUGCUCGACGUGGCGGACAACCAGCUGACCAGCCUGGAGCAGGCGGCCUUCCGCACGGUCGCCGCCCUCCAGAGCCUGGGGCUGGGCGGCAACCCGCUGGCCUGCGACUGCCGCCUGCUGUGGGUGGUGAGGCGGCGCCGGCGCCUCCGCUUCCUGGGCGCCGGGCCGGUCUGCGCCUCGCCCGAGGGGCUGCGGGGUCUGCGGCUGGACGGGCCCGAGGUGGAGGAGAGGCUGCCCGCCGGAGCCUUCCGCUGCCGCAGCCCCGUCAUCCGCGGCAAGGAGCCGCCGCAGCGGCUGCGGGUCCGGGAGGCGCAGAGCGUCGGUCUCCGCUGCGCCGCCGAUGGGCAGCCGCCGCCCCGCAUCGUGUGGCUCAACCCCCGGCGCCAGGUGCUGGUGCCCGGGCCCGGACCCUCCUCCGGUCCCGGCGCCGGCCGCAGCCGCCUGCUGCCCGACGGAACGCUGCACAUCAGCGGCGUGCGGCCGGCCGACGCGGGCACCUACCGCUGCGUGGCCCGCAACGCCGGCGGCAACGACACGGCCUCGGCCGUGCUGCUGGUGCGGCCGCUGUCGGCCCGGGAGCUGGGGCUGGGCGCCGCCGGGGUCCCGGACCCGCCGCUCGGCCGCCGCGCCCUGCUGACGGCCACCGGCCUCGGCCUCUGCUCCUUCCUGGGGGUGGUCGGCCUCUGCUUCUCGCUGCUGCUGGCCUGGAGCCGGAUCUGCGGCCCCAUCAGGCACAACACUCACAUUGACUUCGUGCCGCACGCCGGCGGCGAGGGCGGGGCGGGGGCCGGGGCCGGGGCGGGGGCCGGCGGCGACGGUAGGUUCAACGUGAAGGUGGUGUGAGGGGGGGGGGGCCCGGCCCCGUCCCGUCCCCAGCCCCCCAGUCCCCGUCCCCCCUCCCCCAGUCCC